AUGAGACCUCCCCCUCGAAGCGAGAUGCGGGACGAUUCCCCUACAUUGCAUGCAGAGCAGUUCCGUGACCCCCAUCAAAUAUGGAACUCCAGAGAUUCCCCGAGAACACCGUCCGAAUUCGAGAGGAACACCAAGUUCAGCACGGCAACUCGAGGAAUGGUCCGUGUACACCAAAUCGUCUCCAGAUCAGAGCUGAUUCCCUGCUUUAGACUCAAGACGUAUGGCAACUUUAUGCAAUCAUCUCAAGAGGAGGCUUCUCUCAGCAAUAGGGAACUCCAGAGAUUCCCCGAGAACACCGUCCGAAUUCGAGAGGAACACCAAGUUCAGCACGGCAACUCGAGGAAUGGUCCGUGUACACCAAAUCGUCUCCAGAUCAGAGCUGAUUCCCUGCUUUAG